UUUGUCUUCACUCUCUCGACACCGGCUCCUCAACAGCGCAAGCCAAGCCAAGCCGAGCCAAGCUAGGAGAGCUCAAAUAGGCAGAAAAGGAAUGCAACAAGACUCAGGCGUACCCACGCUCGACUCGCUUCGCAAUCUCCUCCCGACCACCUUUGCCGGUGGCCAAGCAGGACAGCAGCUGCAAAGCGUCGAAUCCCUCGCCCGCCUCUGGGCAGGCUAUGGAUGGAUCCUGCGACUACACUUCGUGGCAGAUGAAAGCGAGGUACCUCCUACCGCCAUCCUCAAGUAUGUGGAUGUCGCUGGUGCCAUCACAGCGGAUGCGGGUCAUGCUGGGCAUGGGCACGGGCAUCAAGGGCUAGACGAAGGCACAACGCGCAAGCUGGCCUCGUAUCGCGUAGAGGCCAAUUACUACCAAUACCUCUCGUCCCUCUUUAAUGAGCCCUCUGGCUCCUCCUCCUCCUCCCUUGCGCCAACAUGGCGCCCCUUCGCCUCCGUGCCGCGCUUCCUCGGCCCUUGCCAGCCUUCAACCGAGCGAGCGCCAUUACUGCUCCUCCUCGAGGACGUGCAGCCCACUCAUCCAGUGAUGGGCAUAAAGCCCACGGAGAUGACGUGGGGACAAUGUCUUGCAGCUUUAAAUUGGUUUGCAGGGUUUAAUGCUUGCUAUUGGGGGCUUGAUGAGGGGCAGGCUGAGAUGUGUCCCCCACCGAGGGAGUUGAUGGCCGCUACUCGGGGUCGUGCUGAGCGUGGCGGGGAGCCGUGGAGUGGAAAAGGGGUUUGGCAGUAUGGCACGUACAAAUCCUACAGCUAUCUCUCCACUCGACUCGACGAGCUCAAGCGCAUUCCUGCCUCCUCGCCCUUCGCUGAGUUGCGUGGUCCGCUAGCUUUUGCGGUCGAGUGGCUGCUUUUGGAGGGAGAUAGACGAGGGGAUAAGACGAGAUCAGGCAGGACACUCGUACACGGCGAUGCUAAGCUGGCGAAUAUGGCGUUUGCGCCUAGUGACGAAGACGGCGACGAGGCGUGGCACGAGGCAGCCUCAGCCGCUGCCGCUGCGACUCAAGUAUCUACCUCGACCUCCUCCUCACACCCUCCGAGCCGGUAUCACGUUAGCACCUAUGAUUUCCAGUACGUUGGGCUGGGCAUAGGCGUGCAGGACCUCGUCAAGUUCAUUACGGUUGCCGUGCCCGUCGAGUGGCUGUGGCAGGAGAGGCGGAGCACGACUACUGAGGAGCAGGGCAAGGAGGUCGAAGCGCUAAGCAAGGGAGAAGAGGGAUUGCUGCGCUUCUACUAUACCCGCCUUACAACCCAUCUGCAAAGUAGAAGCCUUUCGCCUGACUACACAUUCCCGCAGCUCCUCGCCGACUGGGACCUCGCCCUCAUAGCCUGGCUGCGCUUCACUGAGGGCUGGGUGAACCCAGUCGCCGCCAAGAAUGAGAAGAAGGACCACAAGGCACAGUGGCUCACACGUCGAGGCUUGGAGAUACUCAACCGUUCGGGCUGGAAGGAGAGUGUGCUGCAGAGGUGGGAGAAGGCGGGCAAGCCAGGUGGUGAGAUGCUCGACGAACUGUCGCUAUAGUCCGGUAUUGUAAUGCAUUAGAGAAGCCACCCCCAACAGCACAAAAGCCACGACGAGACACGAAAGUCACGCCCCACGCUCGCCCGCUCGCCUACUCAUCGCUCCUCGUGUCCGUCAGACUGAACUCGCCCGCCUUAGCUGCCUCAAUCUUCCCCUUUACCUUCUCAUAGAUGGCAAAGACAACUGCCUGUCCCGGGGCAACCCUAGCCACACGCGGGGUAAUACCCUUCCAGAAUGCAGAGAUUCCCUCCUGAGCCCACAUCUCG